CCCCUGCCCGGCGGGGGCGUCUCCAACGGGUCCCUGGGCUGGGACGCCCCCCGGGCCGGCCGGCCGCCCCCGGGCCACUACUCGGCGGCCGAGGCGGCGGGCCUGGCGGCCGUGGUGGGCUUCCUCAUCGUCUUCACCGUGGCGGGCAACGUGCUGGUGGUCAUCGCCGUGCUGACCAGCCGGGCCCUGCGGGCGCCCCAGAACCUGUUCCUGGUGUCCCUGGCCAGCGCCGACAUCCUGGUGGCCACGCUGGUCAUGCCCUUCUCGCUGGCCAACGAGCUGAUGGCCUACUGGUCCUUCGGCCGGGCCUGGUGCGACGUGUACCUGGCGCUGGACGUGCUGUUCUGCACGUCGAGCAUCGUGCACCUGUGCGCCAUCAGCCUGGACCGCUACUGGUCGGUGACCCGGCCGGUGGAGUACAACCUGAAGCGCACCCCGCGCCGCAUCAAGGCGGGCAUCGUCACCGUGUGGCUCAUCUCCGCCUUCAUCUCCUUCCCGCCCCUGCUGUCCCUCGCCCGCGAGCCCGACGACGGGCCGUACCCGCGGUGUGCCCUCAACGACGACACCUGGUACAUCCUGGCCUCCUGCAUCGGCUCCUUCUUCGCGCCCUGCCUCAUCAUGCUCCUCGUCUACGCGCGCAUCUACCGCGUCGCCAAGCUGCGCACCCGGGCCUCCUCGGCCCGCCGGGCCCCCGGCCCCCGCGACCCCCGGCCCCCCAACGGGCUGCCCCCGCCGCGGACCCCGCCCCGGCCCCCGACACGCGAGACCCCCGGCCGAGGGCCCGGCCCCGGGGGAGCCCCCCUCCGGGGCCGCGGCGGGGACGGGGGAGCCCCGGGGGGCGGGCGGGACCGGCCCGGGGCCCCGCUGGACGGCUGGGACGAGGCCGAGGUCCGGCUGGACGGCUGGGACCGGGCCGGCGUCCGGCCGGACCGGAGCGGGGACGGGGCGGAGGCCCGCCGGGAGAGGCGGGACCCGGAGGAUGCCCGCCCGGAGGGCGGGGACGGGGAGGAUGCCCGGGGGCAGAGCUGGGACCGGGCGAGAGCCCGGUGGGAGAGCUCCGACCAGGCCGAUGCCCGGCUGGACAGCUGGGACGGGGAGGGGGCCCGGCUGGAAAGCAGGGACGAGGAGGAGGAGGCCGGGUGGCGGAGGCGGGAAGGGGAGGAUGCCCGGCUGGAGAGCGGGGACGGGGCGGAGGCCCGGUGGGAGGGGCGGGACGAGGAGGAUGCCCGGCUGGAGAGCGGGGACCGGGCGGAUGCCCUCUGGGAGAGGCGGGACCAGGCGGAUGCCCGGCUGGAGAGCGGGGACCGGGCGGAUGCCCAGCUGGAAAGCAGGGACAGUGCCCGGGGGGAGAGCUGGGACCAGGCAAAGCCCCGGUGGGAGAGCCGGGACGAGGAGGAGGUCCAGCUGGAAAGCAGGGACCAGGCCAAGACCCGGUGGGAGAGCCGGGAUGAGGUGAAUGCCCAGCUGGAAAGCAGGGACGAGGCGAAGGCCCGGGGGGAGAGCUGGGAAAAGGAGAAGGCCCCGUGGGAGAGCCGGGACGAGGCUGAUGUCCAGCUGGAAAAUAGGGACGAGGCGAAUGCCCGGUGGGAGAAUGCCCGGUGGGAGAGCCGGGACGAGGCCGACGUCCAGCUGGAAAGUAGGGAUGAGGCGAAUGCCCGGGAGGAGAGCCAGGACGAGGAGAAUGCCCAGCUGGAAAGCAGGGACGAGGCGAAGGCCCGGGGGGAGAGCUGGGACCAGGCGAAGGCCCGGUGGGAGAGCCCGGACGAGGCUGAUGUCCAGCUGGAAAACAAGGACGAGGCGAAUGCCCGGUGGGAGAAGGCCCGGUGGGAGAGCCGGGACGAGGCUGAUGUCCAGCUGGAAAGCAGGGACGAGGCAAAGGCCCGGUGGGAGAGCAGGGUUGAAGUGAAUGCCCAGCUGGAAAGCAGGGACAAGGCGAAGGCCCGGGGGGAGAGCUGGGACAAGGCGAAGGACCGGUGGAGGAGCCGGGACGAGGCUGAUGUCCAGCUGGAAAGUAGGGACGAGGCGAAUGCCCGGUGGGAGAUCCAGGACAAGGAGAAUGCCUGGAGGGAGAGCUGGGACCAGGCAAAGGCCCCGUGGGAGAGCCGGGACGAGGCUGACGUCCAGCUGGGAAACAGGGAAGGGGCGAAUGCCCGGUGGGAGAGUUGGGACGAGGCUGAUGUCCAGCUGGAAAGCAGGUACGAGGCAAAGGCCCGUUGGGAGAGCUUGGACGAGGCUGAUGCCCGGCGGGAGAGCCGGGGUGAGGCGAAUGCCCGGUGGGAGAGCCGUGAUGAGGAGAAUGUCCAGCUGGAAAGCAGGGAUGAGGCGAAUGCCCGGUGGAAGAGCCGGGUCGAGGCUGAUGUCCAGCUGGAAAGUAGGGACGAGGCAAAUGCCCGGUGGGAGAUCCAGGACGAGGAGAAUGCCCAGAUGGAUAGCAGGGACGAGGUGAAUGCCUGGAGGGAGAGCUGGGACCAGGCAAAGGCCCGGUGGGAGAGCCGGGACGAGGCUGAUGUCCAGCUGGGAAACAGGGAAGGGGCGAAUGCCAGGUGGGAGAGUUGGGAUGAGGCUGAUGUCCAGCUGGAAAGCAGGUACGAGGCAAAGGCCCGUUGGGAGAGCUGGGACGAGGCUGAUGCCCGGCGGGAGAGCCGGGGUGAGGCGAAUGCCCGGUGGGAGAUCCGGGACGAGGAGAAUGUCCAGCUGGAAAGCAAGGAUGAGGCGAAUACCCGGUGGAAGAGCUGGAACAAGGCCAAAGUCCGCCGGGAGAGCCGGGACGAGGCCAAUGUCCGGCUGGAGAGUUGGACCAAGGCCAGAGUCCAGCGGAAGAGUCGGGCCGAGGUGAAUGCCCAGUGGGAGAGUCAGGCCAGGGAAAGCCCGGACGAGUGGCACGGUCAGUGGGAGAGCCAGGACGAGGCCAAUGUCCGGCGGGGCGGCCGCCGCAGCCGCUUCUCCGACCCCAAAUCUGGGGGUCCGGGGGUGGGCCCGGGGGGUGGGCUCGAGAGUCGCCCAUCCCGGUCCAGUAACCGCUCCAUCCAGUUCUUCUCCUCCCGCCGUCGCCGCAAGCGCAGCAGCCUGGCACGCAAAAAGGUGGUCCAGGCCCGCGAGAAGAGGUUCACCUUCGUGCUGGCCGUGGUCAUGGGCGUCUUCGUCCUCUGCUGGUUCCCCUUCUUCUUCACCUACAGCCUCUACGGCCUCUGCCGCCAGGCCUGCCCCGUCCCCCCGCCACUCUUCAAGUUCUUCUUCUGGAUCGGCUACUGCAACAGUUCCCUCAACCCCGUCAUCUACACCAUCUUCAACCAGGACUUCCGCAGGGCCUUCAAACACAUCCUCUUCAAGAAGAAGAAGGACAUCUUUGCGCAGUGACCCGGGGAGGGAGGAGACGGGAUCUACCCUGACAAAGAAGGACAUCUUGGGACAGGGACCCGGGGAGGGAGGAGAAGGGCCCUGCCUAAACAUCCUCUUCGAGAAGAAGGACAUCUUUGGACCGUGACCCGGGGAGGGAGGAGAAGGGAUCUGGCUGGGUACCAGCCCAACUAGGGAGGAGGAGGGAUGGAAGGAUGAUGAUGGUGAUGAUGAUGAUGAUGAUGAUGAUAAUGAUAAUGAUAAGGGUCUCCUGGUGGGAUUUGGGCCAAGUGCGACCUGAGCCCCGGGGGAAAUUCAAGAUUCUCAAGUGGACCCCUCAGUCCCCGGACCACCCAAAGCUCACAAGCCUAAAUUGGAAGGGGGAUUGGGGCUGGACUCUCCGUUUUGCAGAUGAGGUAACUGAGGCACGGAGAAGUUCAGUGACUUGCCCGAGGUCACACAGCCAGCAAGCGGGCAGAACUAAAGCCAGGGUGAUGGAUGGUUGGGUGGAUGGAUGCAUGGACGGAUUGUUGUGGGCAGGGAAUGUGUCUGUUCU